GUUAACUAGUUUACUAGACAAACACCAUGGCCUUAAUUAAUUGCUAUAUAAACCGUUGGAAUAUUUCUUAAUGUUUAAUUUGUGUUAAGAGCAGUGGCAAUAUAUGCUUAGAGUUUUGAUUCUUUUUGUUUUAAAUUACAACGUAUUAGCAUAAAUACUAAAACAGUUUCAGACAGUACAUUGAAUUUUUAUUCAUAGGAUAUUUAUCUUUUAAAAAAUAUCAACAUGUUAACUUUUGAAAAGGGAUACAACUUUGUAAUGUUGUUGUGUAUCUAUAACAUAUUUGCACUGUCUGUUGCAAAGCCAUCUCCGAAUUCUGGAAGGCUUGUAAUGUGUGAUCUACGCCGUGAAUCAAACUUAGGAAAUUUAAUGCAAUGUAAUGUGAACAAAGGACAUUUUCUUGACUAUCGUGACAUCAGAAACUGGUCCGAAAAAGCGCAUGAUAAAAAGUAUUCAGUACGAAUAAAUUGUGCUGGUGGUAUCAUUUAUUUGCCAUGGCCGUUCAAAGCUAAGAAUAUUAUUUCACUGGAGGUAUAUCGGUGCAAGGUGCUUGGAUUUUUGUCCGAGAUGACCGUGAAGCAACAUAUUGCCGACGAACUUAAAACAGUGAUACUGUCUGAUAUAACUGUGGAAAUACCUUUCCGAGAGAUGAUUUUACUAAGGGACAGAAUAAAUCAGGUCCCUAAAAGUACAGAUUGUGGUCAGUUAACUAUGGAAAAAUUAAUUUUGAAAGAUAUCCAUUAUGAUUUGAAAAUGACUCCUGAAGAAAGGGACGGUGUCCAACAGGCAAGUUUUGCAGGCAAUGCUGGGCAUAAUAGUGUUAAACAACAGGAUCCAUGCAUUUACAAGAGCUUGAAAUACAUUGAUGAAAGUGGAAGCAGGAAAAGUGGACAAUAUCAUCUGAAACUUAUUCCGGAACAUUCAAAAUUUCCCGCGCUCGAGGUUUACAAUAUGUCUGGAAACGAAAUGGGUCAUGUGCCAAACGCGUUCAGACAUCUUCAUUCAGGAAAAUUUCCUGCAUUACGUCAUAUUGACUUCUCCAAUAACUUUCUUCGAACAUUUGAAUUUGAUCUUCCAACAGAUCCGAAAACAUGUAGACUAGAAAUUGUCGACCUUCGCAAUAACCAUAUUAAUGCCAUUCCUUCCGCCAUAACACAACGACUGAAAAAUAUUGGUAAUAUCUUAGUAGACGUGAGACACAAUCCACUUAAGUGCGGCUGUAGACUUGCACCCUUCAGACAAUAUUUAGAAAGCCAGUAUCACAAGGUGACAGAUGUUCAAAAACGGCAAAGGGUAGCAGAAAUAACGUGUAUAAAUGGCUCAAUUCUUCAUCGAAAACUUAACAAAGUUAGUAUUUUAAAGGCAACUUUCGAUAAAAAAUGCCAAAGAUGAACAACUGAAAAAUGAAAUUGGAAACAGGACCUACUUGUACCGAGUCACCAGGGAAACUAAAACAAAAACACAAAGCGUGACUGCUGGUAGAAUGCAACCUGACUUGUCAAACGAGUCAGGAUAUUUGAAUUCAGGGCAAAAGUGAGACAAUGCCUUAAAAUGGAUAAAGAUUACAGUACUUACCAACAUUUUGAUGUUUGGUAAAUGAACUUUGUUCCUUUGAUAGAAGUAUCUGCAUUUAUUCUUAAAAUACCUUGAUUUUAUGUUUUAUAUUACUCCAGGUUUUUUGAGACAAUGCUGAAACAUAUGUAAACGAAGACUUUCUUGUUUUGUUAUUUUAUUGACAUAAUUCUUUAAAUUAAAUGAUAAAUUAGUUG